AUGCACGCCGUGCCUCCACCAUUCGUCCACCCUGGCACGGAGGUCCUUUUGGAAGCAGGUGCGGGCUUCUCCCCCAGUGUCCCUCUCAAUGGCCUUGGUAGCCUUGGUGAUUGGAACAAAGCCUCAGACACCGAGUUCAACAGCAAACAGCUACCCAGCCGGCUGUGCAUCCACAAGGCACAAAAGGAAGCCCACGGCUACUUCUCUCACCGGCCGAAAGAGAAAGUGCGUACAGACAGCAACAAUGAGAACUCGGUCCCCAAAGAUUUUGAGAACGUGGACAACAGCAACUUUGCACCCAGGACUCAAAAGCAGAAGCACCAGCCUGAGUUGGCCAAGAAGCCCCCAAGUAGACAGAAGGAGCUUUUGAAAAGGAAGCUGGAACAGCAGGAGAAAGGGAAGGGCCCCAACGAGGCUCUGCCUCCCGGCGAGAGAGCUGCAGCCAACAGCAGCCGUGGGAAGGAUGCCCCCAGGCAGCCCCAUGCCAGGAAGAGUGGGGGCAGCUCCCCUGAGACCAAGUACGAGCAGCCGCCCAAGUGCGACAUCUCCGGCAAGGAGGCCAUCUCUGCCCUGUCCCGCGCGAAGUCCAAACACUGCCGCCAGGAGAUCGGGGAGACCUACUGCCGCCACAAGCUUGGGCUGCUGAUGCCUGAGAAGGUGACCCGGUUCUGCCCCCUGGACGGCAAAGCCAACAAGAACGUCCAGUGGGACGAGGACUCCGUGGAGUACAUGCCGGCUGACCCAGUCAGAAUCGCCUUCGUCCUGGUGGUCCACGGCCGUGCCUCUCGGCAGCUGCAGCGCAUGUUCAAGGCCGUCUACCACAAAGACCACUUCUACUACAUCCACGUGGACAAGCGCUCUAAUUACCUGCAUCGGCAAGUGCUCCAGUUCGCCAGGCAGUACGGCAACGUCCGCGUCACCCCCUGGAGGAUGGCCACCAUCUGGGGGGGAGCCAGCCUCCUGUCCACCUACCUGCAGAGCAUGCGGGACCUCCUAGAGAUGACCGACUGGCCCUGGGACUUCUUCAUCAACCUCAGUGCAGCCGACUACCCCAUCAGGACAAAUGACCAGCUGGUGGCAUUUCUCUCCCGAUACCGAGACAUGAAUUUCUUGAAGUCACACGGCCGGGACAACGCAAGGUUCAUCCGGAAACAAGGCCUAGAUCGGCUCUUCCUGGAGUGUGAUGCUCACAUGUGGCGCCUGGGGGACCGGCGGAUCCCAGAGGGCAUUGCCGUGGAUGGGGGCUCAGAUUGGUUCCUGCUGAACCGGAAGUUUGUGGAGUAUGUGACAUUCUCCACAGACGAUCUGGUGACCAAGAUGAAACAAUUCUACACCUACACCCUGCUUCCUGCCGAGUCCUUCUUCCACACGGUCCUGGAGAACAGCCCCCACUGUGACACCAUGGUGGACAACAACCUGCGCAUCACCAACUGGAACCGCAAGCUGGGCUGCAAGUGCCAGUACAAGCACAUCGUGGACUGGUGCGGCUGCUCCCCCAACGACUUCAAGCCGCAGGACUUCCACCGCUUCCAGCAGACAGCCCGGCCCACCUUCUUUGCCCGCAAGUUCGAAGCCGUGGUGAAUCAGGAGAUCAUCGGGCAGCUGGACUAUUACCUGUACGGGAACUACCCCGCAGGCACCCCGGGCCUCCGCUCCUACUGGGAGAACGUCUAUGAUGAGCCCGACGGCAUCCACAGCCUGAGCGACGUGACGCUCACCCUGUACCACUCCUUUGCCCGCCUGGGCCUCCGACGGGCAGAGACGUCGCUGCACACGGAUGGGGAGAACAGCUGCCGGUACUACCCAAUGGGCCACCCAGCAUCUGUGCACCUCUACUUCCUUGCCGACCGCUUCCAGGGCUUUCUGAUCAAGCACCAUGCUACCAAUCUGGCUGUGAGCAAGCUAGAGACCCUGGAGACAUGGGUGAUGCCGAAAAAAGUCUUCAAGAUUGCAAGCCCACCCAGCGACUUUGGGAGGCUUCAAUUUUCUGAGGUCGGCACUGACUGGGAUGCCAAAGAGCGGCUGUUUCGCAACUUUGGGGGUCUCCUGGGGCCCAUGGACGAGCCGGUGGGUAUGCAGAAAUGGGGGAAGGGGCCCAACGUGACCGUGACCGUCAUUUGGGUGGACCCCGUCAACGUCAUCGCAGCCACCUACGACAUCCUGAUUGAGUCCACUGCCGAAUUCACCCACUACAAGCCCCCUUUGAACUUGCCCCUGAGGCCUGGGGUCUGGACAGUGAAAAUUCUCCACCACUGGGUGCCAGUUGCAGAGACCAAAUUCCUUGUCGCACCUCUGACCUUCUCCAACAGGCAGCCCAUCAAGCCAGAAGAGGCACUGAAGCUGCACAACGGGCCCCCCCGCAGCGCGUACCUGGAGCAGAGCUUCCAGAGCCUCAACCCCGUCCUCAGCCUGCCGAUCAGCCCCGCCCAGGUGGAGCAGGCUCGGAGAAACGCGGCCUCCACGGGCGCAGCGCUGGAGGGCUGGCUGGACUCGCUGGUGGGCGGAAUGUGGACCGCCAUGGACAUCUGUGCCACGGGCCCCACCGCCUGCCCAGUCAUGCAGACCUGCAGCCAGACGGCCUGGAGCUCCUUCAGCCCUGACCCCAAGUCAGAGCUGGGGGCUGUCAAACCCGAUGGCCGGCUCAGGUAGCACUGGGCACGAGUGGCUCACAGCGGGGAUCUCAACAGGAGAGUAGCCAGAGGGGCUGUGGGGCCUGGACCCUAGCCUCCCACCCCAGGGGGGUGCCUCUUGUGCAAGGGGGGGGGCUCAUGGCCAUAGGAUGGUGGGGAAAGUAGGUGAGAAGGCCAAAGCAGGGGGUCCAACAACCUGCAUUUGGCAAGCUGGGGGUGGGAUGGCUCAGUCCCAGCGCCAUGGUGGUCUCACCUCUUCUGGUUGAUCCUCAAGUCCUACAGGUUCCUCGUCAUCCCCUCCAAUGACACGACCUCCCCAGACCAGUAAUUUUCAAGCUUUUAUUUUGAGCAGCAGAACGUUGUUGACUGGAGCGUAGUAGUAGGCAGAAGUUCAAGGUGCGGAUGAAAUCCAGGCUGCUCUGGUUGAAGCUGAGGAACGUGAAGUGUGAGGUUCCCUCUCGAAGCCCAGCCCACCGGGCGGUCCCUUUGCCGCAGGCAUCUCCUAAGGCACCUCUUCAGAACCCAAGGGCUCUGCAAAACCCAGUUAGACCAGCACUGCCCAGACUGACCGUGGGUUUGCUCUCCAGCUCCAGCCUUCAGCUCGUCUUUCUGCUCCUCUUGGCUGGGAGACCCUGCGCCAGCCCUGAAAUGACAGGCCCCUGAAUAUCACGAUCACGGCCCUUUCAAAGGAGGUAGCAGGCUUGGGAGGGCCCUGAGCCUCCUAGCAACUCUCCUUAGGUAGAGCUAUCCUCCUUAGUAAAUAGAUGAGCAAAAAAGCCUUUUGAUGGUGUGCGGCCAAGGUCCACCCAGAAGUGUGACUGCCAACUGUCCCGGGUCCCAGACCUCCCCUGGCAAGGCUGCCACACAAAGUAGCAGAAACAAGACGAUGCUAUGAGCAUGAGCC